AUGGUGGAGUACCGGCAAAGUGUAACGGUGAAGUAUACGGACUGCGGUGGUGGCGACCAUACUGCUGGGGUGGAGGGGUGGUCAAAUUACGGUGGUCGUAGCGGUUUCGUAGUAGACAGGUAUUACAUGGUGGUGGUUGUGUAUCACGCUAUUUGGGAUUUAGCUAAUGUUAUACAUGUUUGUUGGAUGUUGAUUAUACCGCUGAAGGUCACAGAUUCGUACUUGUAUUUCAGUAUAUUUUGGGCCGAAGUGCCUAAGUUAAAUAAUGGUGGAAAUGGUGGCGAGGUGACGUUGGUGGAGUACCGGCAAAGUGUAGCGGUGAAGUAUACCGACUGCGGUGGUGGCGACCAUACUGCUGGGAUGGAGGGGUGUUCAAAUUACAGUGGUCGUAGAGGUUUCGUAGUGGACAGAAUUCAUCUGCGUAUUUGCUUUCACUCCCAAACAAAUCAUUCCGUCUCGAAUUCCUCUUCUAACGUAAUUUUCACUACAAACAGCUCCUCGUACACCUCCGUCUUGCAAUCUCCCGCUCAAAACCUCCGGUUCGUGACUGCUUCCACACCAAAACCCCAACUCAUUAUUCGGCCACUUCGCGAAUCCCACAUUCAAGCAGUUGUCAUUUGUUCCAGAAAAAACAGCAUUAACAUACGAAUCCGAAGUGGGGGCCACGACUACGAGGGCCUUUCUUAUUAUGCAUCCAACAUCCCGUUCAUCAUCGUCGACCUUGCCAAUCUCCGGUCCAUUAAAAUCAAUGUGGAAAACAAGACCGCUUGGGUCAAAUCAGGCGCAACACUAGGUGAAUUGUACCAUGCAAUUGCUGAAGAAAGCAACAUUUACGGUUUUCCAGCCGGUUCUUGCUCCACGAUGGGCGUUGGAGGGCACUUGGCUGGCGGAGGAUUCGGUACCAUUUUCAGAAAAUAUGGCCUUGCCGCAGAUAAUGUCAUUGAUGCUCGAAUAGUAGAUGUAAACGGAAGGAUAUUCGAUAGGAAGUCGAUGGGGGAAGAACUUUUUUGGGCAAUUAGAGGUGGAGGAGGAGCGAGCUUUGGAAUCAUUUUCGCUUGGAAAAUAAAGCUCGUUCCUGUUCCAUCAAUAGUUACCGUGUUCACUAUCCAUAAGACAUUGGAACCAGGCGCAACAAAGCUCCUACAAACGUGGCAACUCGUAGCAGAUAAACUCUCAGACACUCUAUUUCUCCAUGUUGUAAUAGCAGGAAAUUCAAAUAACACGAUCGCAGUUUCUUUCCGGGCUUUAUUUUUGGGAGUAAGUGAGGAACUCCUGACUACGAUGGAGAAGAGUUUUCCUGAGCUGGGCGUGGAGCGCAAGGACUGCACCGAGAUGAGCUGGAUCCAAUCGGUCCUUCACUUCGCCGAUUUCUCAACCCGGGAAUCAUAUGAUGUUUUGCUCAACAGGACUAACCCAAACCAGUCCUCUUUCAAGGCGAAAUCAGAUUACGUGAAGGAACCCAUAUCGGAAAAAGGAUUAGAAGGGCUGUGGAAAAUACUUGGUGAAGAAAAAAGUGGUUAUAUGAUUUGGACCCCUUACGGUGGUAGAAUGAGCGAGAUUUCAAAAUUUGAGAUCCCAUUCCCUCAUAGAAGUGGGAAUUUGUACCUAAUCCAAUAUAUGGUUACUUGGGAAGCCGAGGAGGAAACAGAGGAGCAUGUGAAUUGGAUUAGAAGACUUUACGAAUAUAUGACACCUUUUGUUUCAAAGAAUCCAAGAUCCGCCUAUCUUAAUUACAGAGAUCUUGACUUGGGGAUUAAUAGGAAUGAGAAUGAAAGCUAUGGACAAGCAAGUGUUUGGGGACUAAAGUAUUUCAAUAGUAAUUUCAAGAGGCUGGCACAAAUCAAGGCCGAAGUUGAUCCAAGUGACUUCUUUUGGUAUGAGCAGAGUAUACCAUUGUUUCUAUCAUUAGAGAAAAUGGAAAAGUAGAAUUGGUUGGAUCCGUCCCGGCACGGCCCAUUAUAAAUGCAAUAAAGAUUUGAAGAUUUAAGCA